AAAAUCCAUAUUUUAAAGCGUGAUCUGGGGGCCUUACGGCUAACUUGAACACCUCUACUCUUGCUCGCGUGAAUAAUACAACUUCCAUUUCCACGGUCCUAAGAAGCUUCGCCCACGUCGCUUCACCCCUAACGCCAAGAAACAAUACGAACCAACUUCUUCAGAUCUAGUCAACUUCUUUUGUGGAUCUUGAGACGUCAGAAGAUCCAGCUGAGAAAUGAAUCAAAAAGGCUUGAUUUAUAGCUUUGUUGCUAAAGGAACUGUUGUUCUAGCAGAGCACACGUCAUAUUCUGGGAACUUUAGUACCAUUGCUGUUCAAUGUUUACAGAAGCUGCCUUCAAAUAGCAGCAAGUUCACAUAUUCAUGUGAUGGGCACACAUUUAACUUCCUCAUUGACAAUGGAUUUGUUUUUCUGGUUGUGGCAGAUGAAUCAGUUGGAAGGAGUGUGCCUUUUGUUUUUCUCGAACGCGUGCAAGAUGAUUUUAAACAGCGAUAUGGUGCAAGCAUUAAGAACGAGGAUCUGCACCCUCUAGCUGAUGAUGAUGAGGACGAUGACUUAUUUGAAGAUCGAUUUAGCAUUGCGUAUAAUCUUGAUAGAGAAUUUGGACCAAGGCUUAAGGAGCACAUGCAAUAUUGUAUGAACAAUCCAGAAGAAAUCAGUAAGCUCUCAAAAUUAAAAGCUCAAAUAACUGAGGUCAAGGGGAUUAUGAUGGAUAACAUUGAGAAGGUUUUGGAUCGCGGGGAGAAGAUUGAACUUCUAGUGGACAAAACAGAAAACUUACAGUUCCAGGCUGAUAGCUUCCAGAGGCAAGGCCGGCAACUGCGACGGAAGAUGUGGCUGCAGAAUCUCCAGAUGAAACUGAUGGUAGGAGGAGCUAUUCUUGUGUUGAUCAUCAUAUUGUGGCUUAUUGCAUGUGGAGGUUUCAAAUGUUGAAACUUUUAGCAGUAUGGCUUGUCUUCUCUUGUAGAUGUACAAAAUAGUUAUGCUCUUGUACAUGGAUAAUGGGAGAUUGCUGUUGUAAACUGGCACUACCUAGCUGUUCAACAAUGUAAUCUAACCUCUGUAUUACCUGCUGGUUUUGUUAAUAAAAAGAGCAUGUUUUCUAAGAA